UUCUAAUUAUUAAUCUUAUAAAUAUUGUGAUUUAUUCUUAUUACCAACCAAUUAACUUGUUGAAUGUGUUCACUUUAAACUCUUUCAAUUGAUUUUCUUUCAUAAACAUUAUCCUUUAUUACCCUGGAUUGUGAAUAAAGAACCAAAAAAAACUCAUCAUCACCAUCACAUCUUCAUCUUAUUUUCUUGCAGCAAAUUUAUUGAUUAUUUUCAUCAUUCUGUCUCUCUCUCAAUCUCUAUCAUUUUCUAAAUCAACUCGGAUUAAUCUCUGUUCAUAUGGUAAAUUAACUAAUUCGUAUCAAUGUUGAUUAUUUUCUAUUCUAUUCAUCCAUUCACAUAUUCUUAUUCCUUCCUAAUCAGCUGUUGAAUUCUAUUAUCUAACCGAUUAUAUUCCAAUUCAUAAAUUGCGACAUCAUAUUGACCAAUUCUAAAUCUUCAAUUCAUCUUAAAUUACACCCAUCAAAUUAAAUCAAUUGAUUGGCAAACAAUCUUUAGGCCUACAAAUUGGACUUCAAUAUUUACCAUAUUGUUUUAAUCAUCAUCUUAUUGAAAGGAUUCAAUAUUUACUAAAUUUCUCAUCAUUGAUCCAGAUUUAAUUGUUAUCCUUUAAUUAUAUAUAUUUUCUGUUGGUUAUAUUGAUUUCUCUGGAUUAUUAUUGACAACAUUUUCUCCUAAAGACUCUAAUCAACAUGACUAAUACGCCCGAGGAACUUGAAUCACUAAUGCCACAAUCACACGAGAAUACAGUGAAUACAGGGUAUUCUUCAUCGAUUGAAUCUCAUGGAUACCCGAUAACGGCCGGAGCAUUUAAACUUAUUCUAUUAUUUUCUCACCUGAUUGGAAUUUUGGUAAUUGUUCUAACGAUCUUAUGGACAAAUAAAUAUCUCGGUGGUUAUGGUUGGGCUAUUCCAAGUACAGAAUUUAAUUAUCACCCGCUAUUCUUAAUCAUUGGAAUGGUUUACCUUUAUGGUAAUUCAAUUAUCUCUUAUCGGCUUUUCCCUUCCUUGGAUAAGCCCAAGCUUAAAUUAAUUCACUCAAUUCUUCAUGCCGCUUGCCUGGUUUUCACGGCCACUGGACUUUACGCUGUAAUUGAUUUCCACCAACGGGCCCAUAUUGUCAACUUUUACUCUCUCCACAGUUGGAUUGGUAUUUUCACCGCGACAAUUUAUUUCUUCCAAUGGAUUGGUAGUUUGUACGCUUUCCUUUACCCUGGAAUUCAACCUACAUAUCGAGCGAUUGCUCUUCCCUUCCAUGUACGCGGUGGAUUAAUCAUAUUCGCUAUCUCAGUGGUCACUUGUUUAACUGGAUUAACUGAGAAAAUAAUGUUCUCUCUGACAGUAAAUGGCACUUCCACUUAUUCACAAUUACCUCCCGCUGCUUUUUAUGCUAAUUUCAUCGGCGUGUUUAUCAUCCUUUACGCAAUUCUGAUCGGCUACCUGGUUACCGAAUCCGCUUUUGCCAGGAAACCCACAACAGGCGAAAGUAAAAUAAGUUCAAUAUCAUUAUCCACUUCAAGAAAUCGUUAAUUUAUCGUUAAUCAUUGGACGAUUAUCGGAUGGAAAAUUAAAUUGUUUCAUCAGUCUCGUUGAUAAUCAAUUUGUCACCUUAUAUCAAGUUAAUAUCUAACGAUAUAUUGUGAUUCUGUCAUUUGUUCAAACUAUUUUCAUCUUGAAAUAUUCAACAAUUUAUGAACCAAUUAAGGAAAUGUUUUACCCUGUUAACUGUUCAUCUUAUGAUAUUAUUUUCUCCUCUAUCUAUAGCUACAAUUUAAUUAAUCACAAUUGUAAUUCUGUUGUGAUUAAUAAAAUUGUAGCUAAUAUUUUCCCACCUUCCAUAUUUAACAAUAACGGAUGUUUAAUAUUUUCACUCUUAUUGUGAUUUAAAUGCUCGAUCAUUUCUUGUUUAUCUAAAUCAAAAAUUAACCAUUAAUUGUUUCCUUAAACAAUUAACUAUGUUUCGUAAAUGUUUUUUUUUUGUUAAUCUUUCGAUCUCACUGAUUUCAAUUCAAUAUUUAUAAUUUAACUUCACAAUUAAUUUUGGACUUUAAAAAUUCAUAACAAUCAAUGAAAAAAUAUUAUGACCAUUGAUUGUGAAUCAGUUAAUCAUUGUAUUUCAAAGUUUCGUCAAUCAAAUCAAAUCAAAUUAAAAUAAAAUCUUUGUUCUUGGCAAAAACAA